AUGCAAUUAGGAUAUAAUGAAAUAAUGAUUGUCUCGAAGUAUUUUGAAGAUAUUAAUGAUUUUAUUAAUUUAGAAAUUGGAAUUAAAAGAUUUAGAGGAAAUAUGGAACGAUUUCAUUUUAAUCCAAUUCCAUUGAAUGAAUAUUCAAGAAAAUUAUUUCCUAAUAUUGAAACAUUUCAUAUUUAUAAUGGAUAUGAUAAAAUAUUUGAAGAUGGAAAAAUAUUUAAAUACGUAAUAUGGUAUGAUGUGAGUUAUUCAAGAUAUUUAGAAGAGAAAAAAGAAAAGAAUGAAUAUAAAAAUAUCGAAUAUACAAUAUAUGAUAGAGAAGAAUAUGGAAAUACAAUACCAAUAGAAGUUAAUUCACUUGGAAUUAAUUGUUUUUAUAGAUGUAAUGAUAUUCAAUCAAUUAAUAUACCAACAAGUGUAAGUAAAAUAGGAAAUGAAUGUUUUUAUCAAUGUACAUCAUUAACAAGUAUUAAUAUACCAACAAGUAUCAGUGAAAUAGGAGAUAAAUGUUUUUGUGGAUGUUAUUCAUUAAGAACAAUUGAUAUACCAAUAAGUAUAAGUAAAAUAGGAUAUUGUUGUUUUUCUGGAUGUUCAUCAUUACAAACAAUUAAUAUACCAACAAAUGUUAGUAAAAUAGAGUAUUGGUGUUUUAAAUAUUGUACAUCAUUAAAAUCAAUCAAUAUACCAACAAGUAUAAGUGAAAUAGGAAAUGGAUGUUUUGAAGAAUGUUCAUCAUUAACAUCAAUUAAUAUAGAAGAUGUGAAAUAUAUAAGUGAAGAAAGAAUAUUUAUGAAUGAGCCAGUGUUAAUUAGUAUUGAAAUACCAAAGAAUUUAAAAAUGAUAAAUGGAAAGCAUAUUGAAAAGAAAGAUAUUAAUGAAUUUAUUAUUCCAUCAUCAAUCACUGAAAUAGGAGAUUAUUGUUUUAAAGAAUGUUUAUCAUUAAAAUCAAUUGAUAUACCAAUAAGUAUAAGCAAAAUAGGAUAUUGGUGUUUUUGUGAAUGUUCAUCACUAACAUCAAUUAAUAUACCAACAAAUGUUAGUAAAAUAGGAGAUUAUUGUUUUUAUGGAUGUUAUUCAUUAAGAACAAUUGAUAUACCAACAAAUGUUAGUAAAAUAGGAUAUUGUUGUUUUUCUAGAUGUUCAUCAUUAAAAUCAAUUGAUAUACCAACAAGUGUAACUGAAAUAGGAUAUUGGUGUUUUUGUGAAUGUUCAUCAUUAAGAACAAUUAAUAUACCAACAAGUGUCAGUGAAAUAGGAAAUUAUUGUUUUUAUGGAUGUUCAUCACUAACAUCAAUUAAUAUACCAACAAAUGUUAGUAAAAUAGGAGGUGGAUGUUUUUAUAAAUGUACAUCAUUAAUAUCAAUUAAUAUACCAUCAUCAAUUACAUCAUUUAGAAAUGGAUGUUUUUAUGGAUGUGGAUGUGAAGAAGAAUUAAAGAAGAAUAAAUCAAUACCAGAAUAUUGCUUUGAAGAAUAUUUUUAUGAAGAAAUAAGAUAA